CACAAGACUUGAUAGGAAUCAAAUUUUGGGGCCACCACCACUGUUUUCGCACAAACAGGUGUGCUGUUUUGUCUCCCUUCAUUUUGAGAGUUGUACUCGUCCAAAUGAGGUGUAUAAGGUGUCCUUGGAUAGCCUUUGAAGUCUAGUAUCUCAAUUGAGUGGUCUUUGUUCGAGGAGAGAAAGCUUAUCUUACAAAAAUCGAGCUGGAGUGGGUGGUGGUCUGUGAACUCGAGCUGUGAGAGUGCUGAGACUGUUUGGUUGAUAUCUCGAGUUUUACCAAUCCAAUUAGGGCGUGUGAGAUACCAAAAGAAAGCUCUCAAGACGAGGAAUCCGUGAAGGUCUGGUUUGCAUCAAUCGGAGUAGAGGAAGACUUCCAAAUCGUCCGAGCAAAACACAACCUCGCAGAAACGGAUUUACUCUUCUAAAGAAUCGAGUUAGCCGGAAAACACCCGUUCUAGGGGCUGUUUUCGUAUCAACGAUUAGGAGUUGAAAUAGCAACUUGAGGAAACUGUUUAACACCCAUUUUCAAGCAAGGAACCAGCUCUCAAUCUUCCUUGGCCGAGGCUUUGGUCAUUGGAUCGAGAAGGAAGGUUUUAAAGCUCAUUUGAGGUUGAGGCUAGAGCUUGCUUCCUGUGCUCGUUGCUCGAGAGAUCAUCUAGGAGCGAAGACUUGGUUCGUGCUUCCUCCAUUCGGAUUUUAAACAUUAAUAAACAUGCUCAUGGAUAUUUUAUUAUAGAGCCUGCGUGCUCAUGAAUAGCCCUAUGUGGCCCUUUCGUUUUAAACAAUGUUUUCCGCUGCUUUAUGAAUUACUUAUUAUGUUGUUUAUGGAUGACUUAUGUGUGAAUGAUAUUCAUGACGCCUUGUAUAAUAUGAAUGUGUUGGACUGCGGUUGACUAUUCGUAUUGUACGGCGGGUUGUCGACGUGUCCGGGGAGGUCCGGGGCGUGACAAUUAAGUUGGUAUCAGAGCCCUUAGUCCAUAAACUUCAUAAUGAAGUCUCAAAACUCUCUUUUUGAAAAGAUUUUGAAAAAAAAACCAUGAGCAUAGAAGUUUUGUACUUGGAGAGCUUUUGGUACUUGGGUUGCAAAGUCUCUAAUUGUUAAGAUGGUACCCUUAGCAAUUGGUAUGGCGGUGACUCGAGCCAAAAUGUGUCUUAAGUACCUAUCCGUCAAUUGACAUUUGAUACGAGUCUAACGACUCUUUCCAAAUUCUUUCAGAAAUGGACCGUGGUGGCAGGAUUACUAGGAGAAACCCGACCGGCCGCGUACCAGUGGAGACUGGACAGGGCAGUCGAAGGACCUCUAGGGCAUCUAGAGGAGCUGGCCGUGGAGGCCGAUCACAGACCGUAAGUGACGGUCAUGUGGACACAGAAAGUGAAACCUACUGGUCCUAUGAGGACUCGACUUACCAACCGGAAACCGAGCCGGUUGAGACCCCUUACGAAGGGGAUGACGAUGAUGUAAGUGAUGAAGAGGGGGAGAAUGACUCCCUAGCAAGAAUCGAGGCGCUGCUCCAACAAUAUCAACGGGAGCGCGAGGAAAGGAGGCAACGCCGAAGACGCCGAGCGGGGCAACCUUCGGGCAUGGCUUCGAGAGGAGGAAGUCAUGGUGCAUCUAGAGUCCAUGUGGAACCACAUGGAGGCCAAAAUGAUGGAGGUCCAACCAUAAGGAUCUCCAAAUUUAUCAAAGAAGCAAGAGAUUUGGGGUGCAAACCCUUUGAUGGAGCAGGGGACAUUUCAGUUGCAGCACAAUGGAUCAAGAGGCUAAAUGAAGCAGCCCUUGACAUGCAAAUCGCGCCAAAUCUCAAACUGAGAAUUGCGGUAAGAUUGCUCGAGGGGAUGGCAUCCAAGUGGUGGGAUGGAACCAAGAGCAAGUACGGUGAGACCGUCGUUUGGGAGGACUUCCAACGGGAAUUCUUUGCCCAAUAUUAUUCUGAUUUUGAGGUGAACAAGAAGGUGAGGGAAUACACCCUCCUAACCCAAGGAGGUAACAUGACAGUGAAGGAACUUGAGUACAAGUUCCGGGAUCUCGCCGACUACAUACCGGAGUAUGCUUGUGACGAGAACCGAAUGGUAAACCACUUUUGGGAUGCUCUUGACUUGGAGAUACGUGAUAGGGCAACACAAUUGCCUAACAUGACUUUCGCCCAAGUGGUUGACCAAGCGUUGAAGGGGGAGAAACAGUGGGAGGAGAGGAAGAAGAGAGACGCCGAGGAGGCGAAAAAGAGAAAAUGGGAGAGUCAUGGCUCCCAAGGUUCCAACAAAAAGGGGAACCAUGGAGGAGGAUCUUUCCGUGCACCGCCGCCACCGUCUAGGGGGAAUCAAGGCCCGAGUGGGCAAGGCUCGAGGUCACAAACCUCGGUGGUAACUCGUUGCAACAAUUGCAAGAGGAACCACUCCGGUAAAUGUCGCGACCCCCCUAGAUGUUUUCAAUGUGGGGAUGCCGGGCAUUUGAAGGCGCAUUGCCCACAAUUGGGUGGGACAAGGACAUCGGGACCGAGCAGUGGCCCGACGGGUACACGGAAUCAAACCGGAGCGUCUCAAGCGAGCCGGGGACAUGGGGGAGCGAGUACGAGCAACGCACCAUCCGUGAAUCAAGGAAGAACUCAAGCUAGAGUUUAUGCGAUGACGGAGGCGGAUGCUCGAGCUAACCCGGACUCGGUUGCAGGUAUUGCCCCUUGCACAAUUGUAUUUUGCCCAUAUUUAAUCCAUAAAUUGAUGACAUAAGUCAUAGGGAUUGAGUGCGAGCCAUUACGGGGUCAAACGGCGAAAUUCGGGCCAAAACUGACCAAAAACAGGGACGCACGAUCGUGCGUCCAACCCCACGCACGAUCGUGCAUAGGGGGCAGGGGCUCCGGGUGAUUUUCGCGCAGGACGCACGACCGUGCGUGCCGGUACGCACGCCGUGCGUGGACGCACGAUCGUGCGUGUCCGGGUACGCACGACCGUGCGUAACCGGCAGUAGCCGGAGGCGAGCCUUUUCAUGCACGCACGACCGUGCGUGUCCCACGCACGACCGUGCGUGGACCCCAGCCGCCCGAAACCUAAGUUUUCCAUCUCGUUCUUCUACGAUUGGACCCCCGUUUGAUUCCGAACCUUUAUAUGAACCUAUUAACCUCCAAAAAGGUGUCCUAAACCAUUAGAAAAGGUAUCUUACAUGGUGUAUACAUGUAGGAACAUUAAAGAUUAAUGGGAAGGAUGCACGAAUCCUUAUCGAUACCGGAGCGCAACGUUCGUUCGUGAGUGAGGCGUUCGCCGAGGACUUAGGGGUACAAUCAAUACCAAUGACGCACACAUUAGUGGUAUCAACACCACUAGGGGAUGACGUUGAAAGAACUAGUUACUAUCCAUCUUGUGAGGUGGAAAUUGAUGGCCAAACCUUGACGUGUGAUUUCGUACCGCUGAGUAUGAUGGAGUUCGAUGCAAUCCUAGGGAUGGAUUGGCUAGAAAAGCAUCAUGCUAGGGUAGAUUGCUACACAAAGGUUUUGGAACUCGAAGGCAAUAAUGGGGACACCCUACGCUUCGAGGGGGAUCGAGGCAAAUCAAACAGUUGUAUUAUCUCCGCCGUGAGAGCGAGAAGUAUGAUGAGAAAGGGAUGUCACGCAUAUCUAGCAUACGUGGUUGACAAAACCAAGGAGGAAACGAACAUUGACGACGUGAGGGUGGUUUGUAAGUACCCGGAUGUCUUCCCUAAAGACCUACCGGGGCUUCCACCUGAUAGGGAGAUCGAAUUUGUGAUCGAGGUCGAGCCUGGUACCAAACCAAUCUCCAUACCGCCAUACCGUAUGGCACCCGCUGAACUUAACGAGUUGAAAACCCAAUUGCAGGAGCUUUUGGAUAAUGGUUUCAUUAGACCCAGCCACUCCCCGUGGGGAGCACCAGUUCUUUUUGUGAAAAAGAAAGAUGGGACACUCCGAAUGUGCAUUGACUACCGUCAACUGAACAAGGUCACAAUCAAGAAUAGGUAUCCUUUGCCUAGGAUUGAUGACUUAUUUGACCAACUACGAGGAGCAACCGUGUUUUCAAAGAUUGACUUGAGGUCGGGGUACCACCAACUGAAGAUUAAGGAAGAUGACAUACCAAAGAGUGCUUUCCGCACAAGGUAUGGGCAUUUUGAAUUCCUUGUUAUGUCGUUUGGGUUAACAAACGCCCCGGCGGCAUUCAUGGACUUGAUGAACCGAGUAUUUCAUAAAUACUUGGACCGAUUCGUGAUUGUGUUCAUAGAUGACAUCUUGAUUUACUCAAAGAGUGAAGAAGAGCAUGAAGAGCACUUGAUACUUGUUCUUGAGACACUACGGGAGAAGCAACUCUAUGCCAAAUUUUCUAAAUGUGAAUUUUGGCUGAAGGAGAUUGGCUUCCUCGGGCACGUGGUUUCUGGAUCGGGAAUUGCUGUUGACAACAAGAAGAUAGAAGCCAUUACCGAAUGGGAGAGGCCAAAGAACGUCAAGGAAAUUCGUAGUUUCCUUGGAUUGGCAGGCUACUAUAGGAAGUUUGUGGAAAAGUUCUCUGUUUUGGCAUCACCGUUGACGAAGCUCACUCGUAAAGGGGCUAAGUUUGUAUGGGAUGACAAAUGUGAGAAGGGGUUCAUGGAACUAAAGAAGCGAUUGACCGAGGCACCGGUACUUGCAUUACCCAAACAGGGUGUGGGGUACGAUGUCUAUAGCGAUGCCAGCAUCCAAGGGCUUGGAUGUGUACUGAUGCAGAACGGGAGGGUAAUCGCCUAUGCUUCACGACAAUUGAAGAAGCAUGAGGUGAAUUAUCCUACUCAUGAUUUGGAGCUGGGGGCAGUGGUGUUUGCACUGAAGAUUUGGAGACAUUAUCUCUACGGAGAGACAUGUCACAUAUAUACUGAUCAUAAGAGCUUGAAGUACGUGUUUACUCAGAAAGAGUUAAACAUGAGACAGAGACGGUGGAUGGAGUUGAUAAAGGACUACCAUCUAGUUAUUGAGUACCAUCCAGGCAAGGCAAACGUUGUAGCAGAUUCCCUUAGUCGGAAGAGUUCGUCUGGGGCAUUGUUGACUUGUUUGAGAGCACUGAGGGCCCAAUUGGAUGUAUCUAGCGACGGUGCUUUAUUGGCACGAUUCGAAGUGAGACCGACCUUACUUGAUGAGAUCAAGAAGGGUCAAGAGACUGACGCAGAACUGAUGAAGGUCCGGGAACGCAUGCAAGCGGGACCGGUGGAGGAUUUCAGGGAAAGAGAUGAUGGUCUCUUGUUAUUUCGUGACCGAGUGUGUGUGCCGUCAGACGAUGAGCUCCGAAAGUCCAUCUUAGAGGAGGCUCAUUCAUCGGCUUAUGCCAUGCACCCGGGGGGCACGAAAAUGUACCGUGAUUUGAAAGAAAGUUACUGGUGGUCUGGAAUGAAGAGGGAAAUAGCCGAGUACAUCAGUCGAUGCCUUACUUGCCAGCAAGUUAAGGCAGAACAUCAGCAUCCAGCAGGCUUGUUACAACCACUUUCCAUUCCUGAGUGGAAGUGGGAACAUGUGACUAUGGAUUUCGUGGUAGGUUUACCACGGACGAUUCGGAACUAUGAUGCAGUUUGGGUUGUUGUGGAUAGGCUCACGAAGAGUGCACACUAUUUGCCUAUCAAUACUACCUACCCACUUGAGAGGUUAGCCAAAUUAUAUACGGAUGAGAUCGUGAGGCUGCAUGGGGUCCCAGUGACCAUUGUAUCCGAUAGAGACCCACGAUUCACAUCACGUUUUUGGCCGAAAUUUCAGGAGUCUAUGGGAACGAGGUUGAAGUUCAGUACUGCUUUCCACCCACAGAUGGAUGGACAGUCUGAAAGAGUCAUACAGAUCUUAGAAGACAUGCUGAGGGCUUGUGCGUUGGAGUUCCAAGGAAGUUGGGACAACCACUUAGCACUUGUGGAAUUUGCCUAUAACAACAGUUAUCAGGCAAGCAUCGGUAUGCCUCCAUACGAGGCAUUGUAUGGGAGGAGGUGCCGUACACCGUUAUGCUGGGACGAGGUUGGCUUGGCCAAACUCGAGGGUACUGAGUUGGUUGAGGUCACCAAAUCAAAGGUGAAGUUGAUUCGAGAGAGACUCAAAGCGGCUCAGGAUAGACAAAAGAGUUAUGCAGAUAAGCGUCGAAGAACCUUAGAGUUUAAGGUUGAUGACGAGGUAUUCUUGAAAGUUUCUCCUUGGAAAGGGAUCAUUCGAUUCCAAACCCGAGGAAAACUUAACCCACGAUAUAUAGGUCCAUUCAGAAUUAUAGAGAGGAUUGGGGCCGUAGCAUAUCGUCUACAGUUGACUCCUGAGUUAGAGAAGAUACAUAAUGUGUUCCAUGUAUCCAUGCUUAAGAAGUAUGUGCAUGAUCCCUCUCACGUAUUGGAAAAGCCGCCUGUGGAGGUACGUGAGGAUUUGAACUACGCGGUGCAACCAAUCAGGGUCACCGACAGGAAGGUGAAGAAAUUGAGGAGUAAAGAAGUCCCAAUGGUGAAAGUUCUUUGGAAGAGCGAUCGGGUCGAAGAAGAGACAUGGGAGACAGAGGCUUUGAUGAGGAAGCAGUAUGCUUUCCUAUUCGAGUAGAGCUGUGAAUUUCGGGGACGAAAUUCCUGUUAAGGGGGGGUGAACUUGUGACACCGCACCCGAACGUCCUUGAAAAUUCGAUUUAAAAAUUUAACAUUUAUGUAUUGAAUUUCCGAUUGCCAAACAAUUGUAAAGCGAUUAAUGUUUUACGUAGCGCAUGACUGAAUAUCGUACUGUUCAACUCGUAUGAUAGUGUCGGGUUUGCAAACACUUUCCGGGACUUAUUAAUAAAUAAAAGAGCCCAACGUUAUCUAAAUAGGUGAUCGAAUGAUUAAAGAAGAAUACCAAUGCCUACAACCCUAUCUUUGGCAUUUUUGAGCUAAAUAAUGGGAGUAGGAUUUUCCUCCUAUAAUAUCCAUCAAGUAAAUUAUGGGGAUGAGCCUACACAUAUUGGAGAUCAAUAAUGUGAUUUAGGAAGUUGACUUGUUCUAAAUAAAUUAGGAUGAGUACAAAAGACAUCUUUUGACAAAGAUAAAACAAUAGGACCCAUUUUCCUCAUUUUUGGAAGUAUUGGUGGAUAAUUUGAAUCCCAAAAUGAUUGGGAUCAAUUGGGAACCACUCCACAUGACAUUAGUACCUGCAAGACAAAUAAAAAUGGGUUAGGAAACUUACCUUGGCCGACCACCAUGGAGAGGAGCUGCACAAGACUUGAUAGGAAUCAAAUUUUGGGGCCACCACCACUGUUUUCGCACAAACAGGUGUGCUGUUUUGUCUCCCUUCAUUUUGAGAGUUGUACUCGUCCAAAUGAGGUGUAUAAGGUGUCCUUGGAUAGCCUUUGAAGUCUAGUAUCUCAAUUGAGUGGUCUUUGUUCGAGGAGAGAAAGCUUAUCUUACAAAAAUCGAGCUGGAGUGGGUGGUGGUCUGUGAACUCGAGCUGUGAGAGUGCUGAGACUGUUUGGUUGAUAUCUCGAGUUUUACCAAUCCAAUUAGGGCGUGUGAGAUACCAAAAGAAAGAUCUCAAGACGAGGAAUCCGUGAAGGUCUGGUUUGCAUCAAUCGGAGUAGAGGAAGGCUUCCAAAUCGUCCGAGCAAAACACAACCUAGCAGAAACGGAUUUACUCUUCUAAAGAAUCGAGUUAGCCGGAAAACACCCGUUCUAGGGGCUGUUUUCGUAUCAACGAUUAGGAGUUGAAAUAGCAACUUGAGGAAACUGUUUAACACCCAUUUUCAAGCAAGGAACCAGCUCUCAAUCUUCCUUGGCCGAGGCUUUGGUCAUUGGAUCGAGAAGGAAGGUUUUAAAGCUCAUUUGAGGUUGAGGCUAGAGCUUGCUUCCUGUGCUCGUUGCUCGAGAGAUCAUCUAGGAGCGAAGACUUGGUUCGUGCUUCCUCCAUUCGGAUUUUAAACAUUAAUAAACAUGCUCAUGGAUAUUUUAUUAUAGAGCCUGCGUGCUCAUGAAUAGCCCUAUGUGGCCCUUUCGUUUUAAACAAUGUUUUCCGCUGCUUUAUGAAUUACUUAUUAUGUUGUUUAUGGAUGACUUAUGUGUGAAUGAUAUUCAUGACGCCUUGUAUAAUAUGAAUGUGUUGGACUGCGGUUGACUAUUCGUAUUGUACGGCGGGUUGUCGACGUGUCCGGGGAGGUCCGGGGCGUGACAAUUAAGUUGGUAUCAGAGCCCUUAGUCCAUAAACUUCAUAAUGAAGUCUCAAAACUCUCUUUUUGAAAAGAUUUUGAAAAAAAAACCAUGAGCAUAGAAGUUUUGUACUUGGAGAGCUUUUGGUACUUGGGUUGCAAAGUCUCUAAUUGUUAAGAUGGUACCCUUAGCAAUUGGUAUGGCGGUGACUCGAGCCAAAAUGUGUCUUAAGUACCUAUCCGUCAAUUGACAUUUGAUACGAGUCUAACGACUCUUUCCAAAUUCUUUCAGAAAUGGACCGUGGUGGCAGGAUUACUAGGAGAAACCCGACCGGCCGCGUACCAGUGGAGACUGGACAGGGCAGUCGAAGGACCUCUAGGGCAUCUAGAGGAGCUGGCCGUGGAGGCCGAUCACAGACCGUAAGUGACGGUCAUGUGGACACAGAAAGUGAAACCUACUGGUCCUAUGAGGACUCGACUUACCAACCGGAAACCGAGCCGGUUGAGACCCCUUACGAAGGGGAUGACGAUGAUGUAAGUGAUGAAGAGGGGGAGAAUGACUCCCUAGCAAGAAUCGAGGCGCUGCUCCAACAAUAUCAACGGGAGCGCGAGGAAAGGAGGCAACGCCGAAGACGCCGAGCGGGGCAACCUUCGGGCAUGGCUUCGAGAGGAGGAAGUCAUGGUGCAUCUAGAGUCCAUGUGGAACCACAUGGAGGCCAAAAUGAUGGAGGUCCAACCAUAAGGAUCUCCAAAUUUAUCAAAGAAGCAAGAGAUUUGGGGUGCAAACCCUUUGAUGGAGCAGGGGACAUUUCAGUUGCAGCACAAUGGAUCAAGAGGCUAAAUGAAGCAGCCCUUGACAUGCAAAUCGCGCCAAAUCUCAAACUGAGAAUUGCGGUAAGAUUGCUCGAGGGGAUGGCAUCCAAGUGGUGGGAUGGAACCAAGAGCAAGUACGGUGAGACCGUCGUUUGGGAGGACUUCCAACGGGAAUUCUUUGCCCAAUAUUAUUCUGAUUUUGAGGUGAACAAGAAGGUGAGGGAAUACACCCUCCUAACCCAAGGAGGUAACAUGACAGUGAAGGAACUUGAGUACAAGUUCCGGGAUCUCGCCGACUACAUACCGGAGUAUGCUUGUGACGAGAACCGAAUGGUAAACCACUUUUGGGAUGCUCUUGACUUGGAGAUACGUGAUAGGGCAACACAAUUGCCUAACAUGACUUUCGCCCAAGUGGUUGACCAAGCGUUGAAGGGGGAGAAACAGUGGGAGGAGAGGAAGAAGAGAGACGCCGAGGAGGCGAAAAAGAGAAAAUGGGAGAGUCAUGGCUCCCAAGGUUCCAACAAAAAGGGGAACCAUGGAGGAGGAUCUUUCCGUGCACCGCCGCCACCGUCUAGGGGGAAUCAAGGCCCGAGUGGGCAAGGCUCGAGGUCACAAACCUCGGUGGUAACUCGUUGCAACAAUUGCAAGAGGAACCACUCCGGUAAAUGUCGCGACCCCCCUAGAUGUUUUCAAUGUGGGGAUGCCGGGCAUUUGAAGGCGCAUUGCCCACAAUUGGGUGGGACAAGGACAUCGGGACCGAGCAGUGGCCCGACGGGUACACGGAAUCAAACCGGAGCGUCUCAAGCGAGCCGGGGACAUGGGGGAGCGAGUACGAGCAACGCACCAUCCGUGAAUCAAGGAAGAACUCAAGCUAGAGUUUAUGCGAUGACGGAGGCGGAUGCUCGAGCUAACCCGGACUCGGUUGCAGGUAUUGCCCCUUGCACAAUUGUAUUUUGCCCAUAUUUAAUCCAUAAAUUGAUGACAUAAGUCAUAGGGAUUGAGUGCGAGCCAUUACGGGGUCAAACGGCGAAAUUCGGGCCAAAACUGACCAAAAACAGGGACGCACGAUCGUGCGUCCAACCCCACGCACGAUCGUGCAUAGGGGGCAGGGGCUCCGGGUGAUUUUCGCGCAGGACGCACGACCGUGCGUGCCGGUACGCACGCCGUGCGUGGACGCACGAUCGUGCGUGUCCGGGUACGCACGACCGUGCGUAACCGGCAGUAGCCGGAGGCGAGCCUUUUCAUGCACGCACGACCGUGCGUGUCCCACGCACGACCGUGCGUGGACCCCAGCCGCCCGAAACCUAAGUUUUCCAUCUCGUUCUUCUACGAUUGGACCCCCGUUUGAUUCCGAACCUUUAUAUGAACCUAUUAACCUCCAAAAAGGUGUCCUAAACCAUUAGAAAAGGUAUCUUACAUGGUGUAUACAUGUAGGAACAUUAAAGAUUAAUGGGAAGGAUGCACGAAUCCUUAUCGAUACCGGAGCGCAACGUUCGUUCGUGAGUGAGGCGUUCGCCGAGGACUUAGGGGUACAAUCAAUACCAAUGACGCACACAUUAGUGGUAUCAACACCACUAGGGGAUGACGUUGAAAGAACUAGUUACUAUCCAUCUUGUGAGGUGGAAAUUGAUGGCCAAACCUUGACGUGUGAUUUCGUACCGCUGAGUAUGAUGGAGUUCGAUGCAAUCCUAGGGAUGGAUUGGCUAGAAAAGCAUCAUGCUAGGGUAGAUUGCUACACAAAGGUUUUGGAACUCGAAGGCAAUAAUGGGGACACCCUACGCUUCGAGGGGGAUCGAGGCAAAUCAAACAGUUGUAUUAUCUCCGCCGUGAGAGCGAGAAGUAUGAUGAGAAAGGGAUGUCACGCAUAUCUAGCAUACGUGGUUGACAAAACCAAGGAGGAAACGAACAUUGACGACGUGAGGGUGGUUUGUAAGUACCCGGAUGUCUUCCCUAAAGACCUACCGGGGCUUCCACCUGAUAGGGAGAUCGAAUUUGUGAUCGAGGUCGAGCCUGGUACCAAACCAAUCUCCAUACCGCCAUACCGUAUGGCACCCGCUGAACUUAACGAGUUGAAAACCCAAUUGCAGGAGCUUUUGGAUAAUGGUUUCAUUAGACCCAGCCACUCCCCGUGGGGAGCACCAGUUCUUUUUGUGAAAAAGAAAGAUGGGACACUCCGAAUGUGCAUUGACUACCGUCAACUGAACAAGGUCACAAUCAAGAAUAGGUAUCCUUUGCCUAGGAUUGAUGACUUAUUUGACCAACUACGAGGAGCAACCGUGUUUUCAAAGAUUGACUUGAGGUCGGGGUACCACCAACUGAAGAUUAAGGAAGAUGACAUACCAAAGAGUGCUUUCCGCACAAGGUAUGGGCAUUUUGAAUUCCUUGUUAUGUCGUUUGGGUUAACAAACGCCCCGGCGGCAUUCAUGGACUUGAUGAACCGAGUAUUUCAUAAAUACUUGGACCGAUUCGUGAUUGUGUUCAUAGAUGACAUCUUGAUUUACUCAAAGAGUGAAGAAGAGCAUGAAGAGCACUUGAUACUUGUUCUUGAGACACUACGGGAGAAGCAACUCUAUGCCAAAUUUUCUAAAUGUGAAUUUUGGCUGAAGGAGAUUGGCUUCCUCGGGCACGUGGUUUCUGGAUCGGGAAUUGCUGUUGACAACAAGAAGAUAGAAGCCAUUACCGAAUGGGAGAGGCCAAAGAACGUCAAGGAAAUUCGUAGUUUCCUUGGAUUGGCAGGCUACUAUAGGAAGUUUGUGGAAAAGUUCUCUGUUUUGGCAUCACCGUUGACGAAGCUCACUCGUAAAGGGGCUAAGUUUGUAUGGGAUGACAAAUGUGAGAAGGGGUUCAUGGAACUAAAGAAGCGAUUGACCGAGGCACCGGUACUUGCAUUACCCAAACAGGGUGUGGGGUACGAUGUCUAUAGCGAUGCCAGCAUCCAAGGGCUUGGAUGUGUACUGAUGCAGAACGGGAGGGUAAUCGCCUAUGCUUCACGACAAUUGAAGAAGCAUGAGGUGAAUUAUCCUACUCAUGAUUUGGAGCUGGGGGCAGUGGUGUUUGCACUGAAGAUUUGGAGACAUUAUCUCUACGGAGAGACAUGUCACAUAUAUACUGAUCAUAAGAGCUUGAAGUACGUGUUUACCCAGAAAGAGUUAAACAUGAGACAGAGACGGUGGAUGGAGUUGAUAAAGGACUACCAUCUAGUUAUUGAGUACCAUCCAGGCAAGGCAAACGUUGUAGCAGAUGCCCUUAGUCGGAAGAGUUCGUCUGGGGCAUUGUUGACUUGUUUGAGAGCACUGAGGGCCCAAUUGGAUGUAUCUAACGACGGUGCUUUAUUGGCACGAUUCGAAGUGAGACCGACCUUACUUGAUGAGAUCAAGAAGGGUCAAGAGACUGACGAAGAACUGAUGAAGGUCCGGGAACGCAUGCAAGCGGGACCGGUGGAGGAUUUCAGGGAAAGAGAUGAUGGUCUCUUGUUAUUUCGUGACCGAGUGUGUGUGCCGUCAGACGAUGAGCUCCGAAAGUCCAUCUUAGAGGAGGCUCAUUCAUCGGCUUAUGCCAUGCACCCGGGGGGCACGAAAAUGUACCGUGAUUUGAAAGAAAGUUACUGGUGGUCUGGAAUGAAGAGGGAAAUAGCCGAGUACAUCAGUCGAUGCCUUACUUGCCAGCAAGUUAAGGCAGAACAUCAGCAUCCAGCAGGCUUGUUACAACCACUUUCCAUUCCUGAGUGGAAGUGGGAACAUGUGACUAUGGAUUUCGUGGUAGGUUUACCACGGACGAUUCGGAACUAUGAUGCAGUUUGGGUUGUUGUGGAUAGGCUCACGAAGAGUGCACACUUUUUGCCUAUCAAUACUACCUACCCACUUGAGAGGUUAGCCAAAUUAUAUACGGAUGAGAUCGUGAGGCUGCAUGGGGUCCCAGUGACCAUUGUAUCCGAUAGAGACCCACGAUUCACAUCACGUUUUUGGCCGAAAUUUCAGGAGUCUAUGGGAACGAGGUUGAAGUUCAGUACUGCUUUCCACCCACAGACGGAUGGACAGUCUGAAAGAGUCAUACAGAUCUUAGAAGACAUGCUGAGGGCUUGUGCGUUGGAGUUCCAAGGAAGUUGGGACAACCACUUAGCACUUGUGGAAUUUGCCUAUAACAACAGUUAUCAGGCAAGCAUCGGUAUGCCUCCAUACGAGGCAUUGUAUGGGAGGAGGUGCCGUACACCGUUAUGCUGAGACGAGGUUGGCUUGGCCAAACUCGAGGGUACUGAGUUGGUUGAGGUCACCAAAUCAAAGGUGAAGUUGAUUCGAGAGAGACUCAAAGCGGCUCAGGAUAGACAAAAGAGUUAUGCAGAUAAGCGUCGAAGAACCUUAGAGUUUAAGGUUGAUGACGAGGUAUUCUUGAAAGUUUCUCCUUGGAAAGGGAUCAUUCGAUUCCAAACCCGAGGAAAACUUAACCCACGAUAUAUAGGUCCAUUCAGAAUUAUAGAGAGGAUUGGGGCCGUAGCAUAUCGUCUACAGUUGACUCCUGAGUUAGAGAAGAUACAUAAUGUGUUCCAUGUAUCCAUGCUUAAGAAGUAUGUGCAUGAUCCCUCUCACGUAUUGGAAAAGCCGCCUGUGGAGGUACGUGAGGAUUUGAACUACGCGGUGCAACCAAUCAGGGUCACCGACAGGAAGGUGAAGAAAUUGAGGAGUAAAGAAGUCCCAAUGGUGAAAGUUCUUUGGAAGAGCGAUCGGGUCGAAGAAGAGACAUGGGAGACAGAGGCUUUGAUGAGGAAGCAGUAUGCUUUCCUAUUCGAGUAGAGCUGUGAAUUUCGGGGACGAAAUUCCUGUUAAGGGGGGGUGAACUUGUGACACCGCACCCGAACGUCCUUGAAAAUUCAAUUUAAAAAUUUAACAUUUAUGUAUUGAAUUUCCGAUUGCCA